AAAAGAGUCCCAAUCUUCUCCCAAGUUGCUACAGUCCUGACUUGUAUGCAGAUUGCCACAGCACUCCUGAGAUCCACUCAAGUCAGCAGACCAGCAUUGCUAUGUUAUCAUCGGGCUGGAAUUUUCUCUCCGAGAGUUGUACAUUAAGUAAAUCAAGCACUGAGACCCUUUUAAGCCAAGCCAACGUUGAGGUCAGAAGACCAGCCCAUAAAAGUAAAGAGAUCCAUAAAAAAAAGCACUCCGAACCUUCGACGCUCCCUCAGCCACACCAGACCACGGACAUCGAGCAAACAUCCAGUCACCAAAUUUUUCUUCUUCGUAAUAUAUUAACAAAACAGGAGAUGCUUAUGGACCAAAUGCGAAUUAUCAUGAAGACCCUCCAGUGUAUGCAAUCAAGUCAGGAGACAGAGAUAGGCCUAGAUCGAAAUUUGUUGCCUCUCAAAGAUCUCACUUCUCUACAGAGCAUGGAGGGCAAUCUGCGGAGUACUCCUGACCUCCAUAAGCAAUUGGUAAACACUCUGGCUCUUAAAGGUGGGGCGGAUGUGCAGGAGUCUGUUUGGAGAAUCAUGCAUGGUCUGUUUACCAACUCCUUGGCGAGGAAAGUUAACAUGAGAGGAUUGAAUGGAAAGAUUAGCUUCCUACGCCUACAGAUACGAGAUGUUGUGAUUGCGGCUGUGAGACGUAACCGUCUAACAUCCGAUGCCACAGAGAAAGACAUUGAUUCCACCGUUAAAAGAUGGCUGUAUCUGGCCCCAGACAGAGAUGGUGGACGGAAAGAAAGGAUGAAGAGCAAAGUGCUUAAGGACAAUAUGACUGGUUAACAGGAUUCAGGCUUGGAUGUUCAAAAGCUCUGUCGAGAGUUCAAAUUGUUCAGUGACAGAAUUACUGUUUCAGAGUCAUUUGAAGAGUACUACUUGUUCCUAGCCAUAAACGUGGAUGUAAAAAGUGUUUUGUGAAGUGAAACUUGUUGAUGAAACAUGUUCUAGUGUUAUAUGUUUAGUGAAUCUUGUUCGUGACCAGAAACAUGGAUGUUCAAGCAUUAAGCAAAGCAAUGAAACUUGAUGAUCAAGUACCACUUAAAGUGAAACAUCAUAAACCAAAAAAAACAGCACUUGUUUUAUUUUUGUUUUUAUUUAUUUUUAGCUGAACUGACAGAGGAGUGUCAUUUUAGAGAGGAGUUUGUACAACGGAAAAAUGUCAUGAUGAAAAAACCGAUGCCAAUGCU